AGCCGUCAAUAAACAAAGAAGAAGACAGAAGAAAAGCGUUAUCGGUUGUCCUGUUUGAACACAGCUCGUGGGUUUUUACUUUUAAUUGCGUUUUAUUUUUUACAACAAGUUCAGCAUCAGAUCGUCGGGUGAGUGAGUUGUAGUGUAGAAAACAGUAACCGGUUAGUGUGGUAAGGUUAGCGGUAAGGUGUUUGCGACAGAGGAGUUACUUCGAUUGCUAGCAUAGCUAGCUCUCCUGUGUGCUAGCUGACAACAUCGCAGAGUCCGGUGGAAAAGUCAGACUCGUUAUUUACUGAUUGAAGUCUGUGUUUUUCUCAUUAAAAGCGUCUACAUCGUAGAUGAAGCAUGGCGCUCAAGUCAGGAGAGGAGCGUCUAAAAGAGAUGGAGGCAGAGAUGGCUCUUUUUGAGCAGGAGGUUCUUGGUGGACCAGUACCAGUGUCAGGAAGUCCACCUGCAUUGGAGGCCGUCCCUCUGCCUGUUCCAGCACUUCCACUCAUACGAUCUAUCAUAGGCACCAACACCUACAGACAGGUCCAACAGACAUUAGAUGCCAGAGCUGCUAGUUUUGUUGGUCCCCCACCCCCGGUCUUUGUGGGACCAGUCCCUCCAAUACGUCCUCCUCCUCCUCCCAUGAUGAGACCAGCCUUUGUCCCACACAUCCUGCAGAGGCCUGGUGGUCAGAGGCUGCCGAUGAUGCGUGGUCCUCCGGUAGCCCCUCCUAUGCCCCGGCCUCCUCCCCCUCCUCCCAUGAUGCUUCCCCCCUCCCUGCCGCGCCCGACACCUCAGGGACCUCCUCAGUCCAUCCAGCACAUGAUGGCUCCACCUCAGAUCCGUGAUAUGGUCUCUAUGGCGCCUCCCCCGACCUCGAGACCGCCACCUCCGGUCAAAGCCACGCAGUCGGUUAUCCAGGCAGCACCGACCGUCUACUCUGCUCCUCCUGCCCCAGUCGCAUAUAAAAGAAUAGAUGUUCGGGCUCAGAGACAAGCCAGAAUGGAGGAACUGGCCGCUCGGGUCGCAGAGCAGCAGGCAGCAGUGAGGGCAGCAGGUCUGCUGGACAGGAAGGAGAGUGACGACAGCGGCAGCGUGAUUGGACCCAGUAUGCCUGAGCCUGAGCCUGCCCACCCUGAGCCCGUGGAAAGUGUUACAGAAGACAAGAAGAAAGGAAAGUCAGACAAGAUGAAGAAGUGUAUCCGUACUGCAGCAGGAAUAUCGUGGGAGGACCCCAGUCUGCUGGAGUGGGAGUCAGAUGACUUCCGCAUCUUCUGUGGUGAUCUGGGUAAUGAGGUGAAUGAUGACAUUCUGGCCAGAGCCUUCAGCAGAUACCCAUCUUUCCUCAAAGCUAAGGUGGUGAGAGACAAACGUACAGGAAAAACCAAAGGGUACGGCUUUGUGAGCUUCAAAGAUCCCAACGAUUACGUCAGAGCCAUGAGAGAAAUGAACGGGAAAUACGUUGGCAGUCGGCCCAUCAAACUGAGGAAAAGCAUGUGGAGGGACCGAAACAUGGAAACGGUUCGCAAGAAACAGAAGGAGAAGAAGAAACUGGGCCUGAGAUAGUGGCUGAUGAAGUCAGAGUGUGUGUGUCUGGAGCCGUUUCCUCAUGUGAACUCUGGAUGAUGAUGAUGUCCAGAGAAUUAGGUCUGGACAUUCUCUGGAGUUUACCAUUCACAUAUGACCAGCACAGCAGCCAAAUUUUCCAUUUUUAAAAUCAUUUACAACAGCAGCAGAAUCACUGGAGGAUUCAGGACACUCGCCAGGUUACUCGCUGUGGAUUAUACGUUCGCUUCAGAGAAUGUCCAGACGUCAGUGGCUUGUCUGAAAGCAGCUUCUGUUUGUGUUGUGCUGCACAAUAGAUGAACACAACUAUUAUUUUGAUUUGUCCCUCAGAUGUCUGUACAUUUAUACAAAGUAGUAACUUUUUUUUUUGCUUACCUUAAAUAAAAAAAAAAAUAAAAAAA